AUGGGCCAAGGUGUGGGCCGAGGGGAGAUUAAAUCAGUGACUUUUGAGGAUGUGGCGGUGUACUUGACUAAGCAGGAAUGGGCCCGCCUCACACUUGCUCAGAAGGACCUCUACAAGGAUGUGAUGCUGGAGAACUUUUCACAUAUGGAGUUUAUAGAGCCAUCCACUUCGAAACCAGCUCUGAUCACUCAGCUGGAGCUAGGAGGAGAGCCAGACUUCUCUCAGCCAAAGGAAGCCUUAAGCAGUGGGGGCUGGAAAGAAGGUCUUUUCGCAGCGUACAUCACAAAACUGAGAAAAUAUGCUGAUCUAGUUGAAAGACUAGUACAUGAAAUGAAAGCAAACAUUGAUUCAAGUCAGCGGUUCGGAGACAACAGGAAAAAAGCUUAAUUCUUGACCUUUAAAUACCAGUUUG